AUGGCGCCCUUCAAGGUCAUCAUCGUCGGCGGCAGCGUCGCUGGCAUGGCGCUGGCGAACAUGCUCGAGCGGUACGGUAUUGACUUUAUCGUACUGGAAAAACAUUCCGUUGUUGCGCCACAGUUGGGCGCAAGUAUUGCCAUGCUGCCGAAUGGUCAGCGCAUUCUUCAGCAGCUGGGAUGUCUCGACGCGAUCACCAAACAGAGCGCACCAUGCGACAACAUGUCGAAUUAUGAUAACGAGACAAAGGAUUGGAAUAAACUGGAGGGAAUGGGUGAUUUAAUGGAGAAACUAUUCGGGUACAAAAUGUGGUUUAUGGACCGGCAGCACUUAAUUCGGACGUUAUUCGAUAACCUGCAGGAUAAGUCUCGGGUUUUGACGUCUUGCCCUGUCGUGAAGAUUGAAUGGUCGGGUAGCGGUGUCGAGGUUGAGACCACGGAUGCCACUGUAUACCAUGGCGACUUGGUUGUCGGCGCAGAUGGGGUACACAGUCAUGUGGCACAGGAGAUGCAGCGCCUCGGUGACAUUGAUACUCCAGGGAUUGACCUUCUCGGUCGAGAUAAAGCUCUCUCUUGCAGCUAUCGAUGCAUAUUCGGCAUAUCCAAAAACACAGAUGGAAAAGUCCGUACCCAGUUUUCAAAGUCCUUCCAAUACCAGCGGAGUUACCUGUUCGCAGACGGACCCAAUGGAACGUGGUAUUGGUUUGCCUUUUUCAAAAAUGAUGAGAAGACACACGGCCAGUCUAUUCCUCGCUACAACGAUGAGGAUAAAGAGAAGCUGGCUGUUAUGUACAAAGACGAUGUCUUUCAGCCAGGCCUUACAUUUGGGGACGCGUACAAGGACCGGAUUUUUUCGGCUCUGGUGGCACUCGAGGAAGGUAUUUUGGACACAUGCUUUUACAAGAGAAUCGUUUUAACGGGUGAUGCCUGGCACAAGAUUCAUCCAGUAACGGGGCAAGGGGGAAACAACGCAAUCGUUUCCGCGGCGUACUUGGCAAACAAGCUCAAGGAACUCACUAGCAAAGAUGCUGUAAUAGAGGAUGCCGAACUCAAAGCCGCCUUCCACGAAUACAGCCGUGUCCGAAGGCCGCUGGUUAAAGACACGAUCCAGGUUGCUCAUCUUUUGCAGCGAAUGGAGUCAUUUGAUACCCCAGUAUUGAAAUUCAUGGAGCAAAAAGUUGUCAGUAGAACGGCGGCUGAUGGGUUUCUAACUCGAUUUCCGUCAGGAUACACGGCUGCUGUGCCGUUGAAAUACAUUCCACUUCCUUCUCAUCGGGGAUCGCUUCCUUUCGACGACGAGGUCAAGAUGAACUUGGAAGUUCGCGCCGUUCGUUCGAAUAUAUUUUGGAUAUCCCUGUUGGCCAUUAAUGUGCUGAUCCAUAGCGCCCGCUUUCAAUAUGGGGGAGAGACACAAGCACGAACUUUAAACCUAUCCAAUUCAUUUCUAGUAUCGAAAAUCGGCGGGCUCUUCUCAUGGGUGUUCAACAAAGAUCAGUCAUGGAGUGAUGAUUUUUAUUACCAUUCUUCAAUUGCGGCAGUUAUGAGCACAAUCUGCAUUGAAUCCUACAGGCGGUUCUUUGCUUUGAAGCCGGUGAGCAGCGGACUACUCUUUGCCCUGGCCUCGACCAUACUCCCUUGGGAGUAUGUAUUGCCACUUUACUUUGCACUCUAUAUUCUUGCCACUGCGCCUCGGGCCUUUUAUUACCCCUCCCCUAGGGCCGUUGAUAUGGAUGUGGCAAAAGCCAUUAUGCCUGCCUACAUUGCCGUAUAUGGCACAGCAUAUCUUUACACAUGGAGAUCCUCGACUUCUUUCCCCACCUGGUUAUGGCAAGGGGCACAUGUUCUCUUCCCCAUAUCCAUCGCGCUUUUCAAAGGAAUCCGAACCAACAGUUCAAGUCCAGCCGCUAAGGCUGAAAUGCAGCUCUUUGGUGACCAGGACAUUGGACUGCUGGCUUCAUUUCAGAGAUUUUCAUCUUUCUUCCCAUCAUUGUUUAACAUCGUUACAGUCAGCAUUUUUCUUCCACAACGCCCCGCAUUCGGAUUGUACUACAGUGGGGAGGCCUUUGGCGGUGCCGCCAAGAUUAUGUCUAUGAACGCGAGUAUUGUGAUAAUCAUGCUCUUCGCUCUCUGGGACCUUCGGCGUGUACACGCGACGGAUAUGGGUUUUGUUCGGGGCGCAAUUCUGAUUUUAUUACUUUCCCUUGCUCUUACUCCCGCAGGAGCAUUUCCGCAGCUCUGGAUUGACCGAGAGACUAAAUGGCAGCAAGGUCGACAGAGGGUCAAUAAGGCUGGCGAUAGAAUGCGUUCGCGUGAAAAAAUUAUUGAAAGCAAAUGA